AGGUAUUUUCGGCUCUCUCCAGCUCUCUCUCACAGUCUCUGUGGGCGAAUGAAAAUGGAAGCUAAUACAAGAGUCUUACGCAAGUUUCUUGAGGCGGUCAUGUGUGUUAUUGCAUUUCAACAUGUAAGGGGUGCUCUGACGCCGGAUCUGCUGAGCAAAAUUGCUGAAGCAAACCGACGAGGGCCCCAUAUAGGUUUGGUCGUGCCCAAUGCAUUUGAGUUGAAUCCUCUUCUCCACUCUCCGCACUUCACUUCCACUGACGCUAACAUAGAUUUUGCUGGCAGGAGAUUUCGUUUCGGAGCUAUCUGUGAGCAGCCUGUUAUAGUGGUCAUGACAGGAUUAAGCAUGAUAAAUGCGGCAGUAACCACUCAGCUUCUGCUGAGCUUUUUCCGAGUAAAAGGAGUGUUGCAUUAUGGCACUGCGGGAAAUGUGAACCCAUCCCUAAAUACGGGAGAUGUGCUGAUUCCUCAAUAUUGGGCACAUUUAGCUCUUUGGAGCUGGCAGCGGUAUGGGCAGGGGCCUGAGGAUGAGUUACCCUUGGAAGCCAACGGAGAUUACACCAGAGAAAUAGGCUACUUAAAGUUUGCUGAUUACACCACAUACAUCGGUGAUGGAAGCUCAUACGACAACCGGCUCAACAACAUCUGGUACCAACCAGAGGAGAUAUUUGCCAUUGAUGGCACUCCAGAAGAAAGGCAACAUGCCUUUUGGAUCCCUGUUGAUUCCAUGUUCUUCCAAAUGUCUCAAAAGCUUGAGGAGUUAAGACUGGAGAAGUGCUUCAACUCAACAUGUUUGUUGAGACGGCCAAAGGUUGCGAGAGUCCAAAGAGGAGGAAGCGCGAGUAUAUUCCUGUCAAAUACAGCUUACAGGAGCUUCAUAUACAAUAAGUUCAACGUAAGUCCCAUAGACAUGGAAAGUGCAUCCGUGGCGUUAAUUUGCCUUCAACAGAGGGUACCUUUCAUUGCUUUUAGGGCUGUAUCUGGUUCCAAGUUCAUGCCUCUCGCCUCCAUGAAUUCAGUCGCUGUGGUUGUUGAAUUCAUCAAGCAGUGGGCACAAUUGAGGGUGAGGUACUCCUUGUAGUUAUAUUGUCUUCUCUUCGUUCACCACUGCUCUGUUUCUACUUUGGUUAUUAAUUUAAGAACAAUAACUCCAUAGAUGUUGUUUUGCUAACCUCAUUUUAUAAUCAUUGAUAUCCUGUAUGCCUAUGUGAAGGCAGAUUACAAUCGGGAUUACUUUUGAAAAAA